AUUGGGAUUGGCACACGUUAACAAAGACGCUGGCAACUUUUUGGAACUUUGGCUGGACUUUGUAUAAUUUGUCACGAAAAUGUAUAUGCAUAAAAAGACUGUUUAUUACUGCAAGAAAUAGUUCCUAUACCCUAGACGUAAUACGUACUUUGCACACUUUACGAAAACAAUAAAGAAAUUCCUGCACAAACAAAAUUUUCUUUAUCAUUUUAACUCAAAUAGUUUCUAAACCGAUGAUUUGGAAACACACAAAACGUAACGGCAGAUACAGGAGUGUCAACGCUUCCUAUGCGAACAUUAAUUUUAUAUAUAUAGCUAAUGGCCUACAAAAACACUUCCCUAAUGAGAAGAUAUAAGAGGACACUUGAUAGUCAAAUGGUUAUAUAGUUAGAGAGCAUUUGCAGUUAAUGGUUAUGGUGUAAAGUCCUACAGUGUAUUUAGCAAGGCAUACUAAAAUAGUUAAAUGGCAAUAGAGGGCAUUUUCAGCUAAUGAUUAUCUAGUAAACUGUAAGGCAUUUGGAAUUGUUCUGUACUUCAAUAUUUAUUUAGGUACUUGUAAGCCUUGGAUCAAACAAUGAGAGUGCAUGAGAGUUUGCAGUCACGCGACCUUAGUCAGCUGUUCUUAAUGCUUUUCCAACACUAUCAUGUAUUCUAUUGAAGUUAAAACAUAGUUGGAACAUUCAUCAAACCUUUAUUUUGUUAAUCUAGAGCUUGAAAUGUCCCCUGUAACAAUGCGUGACUACCAACACUCAGCAACUCUCAACCUCGUUUAAGUGGGGCUUUAUAGUAGUUGAAGCAACUAUACAGUAUAGCAAAAGGGUAUUUCAGUUAAUGGUUCUAUCUACUAUAAAGCAUUUAGCUUUAGGAGGAGAAAGUAACAAUAGGACACUUAAUUGUUAAAUCAAGUAUAUAGGAUGAAGGGUUUUUCAGUUAAUGGUUAUAUCUCGUGAAGUGCGUUUCUAAUUAUUAUUGGCUUCAUAUAAAAGGGUAUCAAGAAAAUUUAUAAUUUUUAUGUUCUUCAACAAUAGAGAGAAAGAUGGCACAUAAACAAUCAUAUGAGAUCUCUAUGCCUGAUGUGGCUCCUUCAAUGGCAGUUUCUACCAAGUCACUUGUUGAUAAAGAAAGCAAGAAAAAGUUUUCUAUCGGUGAGUUUUUGAUGAUUCUUGAUUGUUUAUUUAAGUUAACAAAUUCCAACCUGAGUGUUCAAUGACUAUCACAGAUUUGAUUGCUUUUUAUCACUUUGAAUUUUUCCAACAGAUAUAUUAGGCUUCACCUAUUUUAUAGCAAUCACGUGUCACUUGAGUAAAUGUACUGUACAAAUUAUGCCAAUAUCAUUACAUAUUACUCAUACUAUAAUAAUAAUGAGUCAUUUAUAUAGCGCACAAACCAAAGUUGUUCUAUAAUGAGUCAUUUAUAUAGCGCACAAACUAAAGUUGUUGCAUUGUACGAUAUACCGAUACAAUCGGGCCAACAUUUUACUUCCGCAGAAAAACCGUUAAAUUUUAACUUUUUUAUAUCUGAAUCUUACUGUCUCUGAACGCAAUCGCGUCAAUCCUUAACGGCUACACAAUCAGUUCAAGUAAUACAUGCAGCAUAAGUGGCCAUGUCGUAUAAGAUUAACAAAAGCGAGCUGAAGUAUAGCUUAUGAUUUGUCUUGAUGAAAAACGCAUUCUUCGUUAAUCUUGAAGACACGAGUUCAUUUGGAGAGAUAAAUUGUUUAUGUAAAUCAGCGGGAUUUUGUAUCAGCCGCUUGACAGUUAUGAGUGCGCUCUUUGUGUCUUUUCUUCUUGACGUAUGAAUGAGAAUUACAAACUAACGUCUGAACAAUUUUCACUUCUUAUCCUAGAAUUCUGGUGGAAAAUAACGAUAACCCUUGCUGUUAUUAUCAUUGCUGGUUUUAUGAUCUACAAAGCUGUCGAAGACAACAACAAAAAUUCUUCAACAAAAACCAAUCUUUCUUCCGUUUCAAAUGAGCAGAAAACCAACACAGAUGAAGAAAGCACGGAGGGAAGCAUUUUGGACUGCAGAGCUGGAUCAAUUGUGGAUUCCCAAGCGACGUUUACGUAUCAGCCAUACAACUCUGACAAGGUUUGUUUUCUUAGCAUUUCUUCCUAAUUUAAACUAACUUUAUUUAUACUGGAUAGCUCUAUCAGUUCUAAACUGUUCUCCCUAGAGGUCCAGUAAGGAUUAUCUCUUAUUGAUCCAGUGUUACUGCAGGAGGAAACAUAAACUAAACUAACUUUAUUUAUACUGGAUAGCUCUAUCAGUUCUAAACUGUUCUUCCUAGAGGUCCAGUAAAGAUCAUCUCUUAUUGAUCCAGUGUUACUACAGGAGAAAACCUGAACUAAACUAACUUUAUUUAUACUGUAUACAGCUUUAUCAGUUCUAAACUGUUCUUUCUAGAGGUCCAGUAAAGAUCAUCUUUUAUUGAUCUAGUGUUACUACAGGAGGAAACCUAAACUAAACCAACUUUAUUUAUACUGGAUAUAGUUCUGUCAAUGAAUGAGUACCUAAUGCGGACGUUUCUGUUUCUUUUUAGCUUUACACAACACAAGGUUUAGAGUUCAGUUUUGAAGGUAUCAAAAAGAAACUGGGAGACGACUCAGGCAUCACGGAGCUCCCAGGAGCGCAUUACUACUACAACAUUCCUAGAUGUGAAAUUGGUGGCAAGGUCCAGCUUGAUAAAGAACCAAUCAUCCGAGGACCUAUAGUGUUUGCUGUUGAUGAACAAUGCACUAAAGCGCACUACUUCAGCAAAGGAUGGAAGGAAUAUUCUUCAGCGAGGAAUAUAAAUUGUUCUGCUCAUGGGAAAGAGGUGACGUCAGUUGAAGAAUCCGAAUGUUUGGAAGGAUCAAUAAGAAAUUCUAAUUCAUCAUUUGUGUACCUGCCACAUGGAGCGAGUAAGGUGAGCAAUGAUGAACAUUAUGUGGAAAAGAAGGGAUAAUCACCACCAUUAUCAUCAUAAUACCCUCAAUAUCACCACCGCGAUCAUCAUAUUCUUCUACUUUUCAUUUAGACAUACCGCGCGAGUGGCGUAGAGUUUUCGUUUGAGAUGAUUGCAAAGAAAAUUAAACUUGGAUCAAGACUCACGAAACUUGACAAACUGAUUGCUUCUACUUCAAGUAAGAUAUUUUGUCUUUAAAACUUCUUCAUUCCCUACGCCGCGAAUUGGCUAGGACCAUGGCGUCAGCAUUUUGAUGACGAAUUACACGGUUAAGCCAAAAUCAUAAAAGUCGAUCUUCUAUUUGUCUCUAUUCUGUGAUAAUAGUUGGAACCCACCUGUACAUAAAUACACAGCGUAUUUUUAUCUGAUAAAAUACAAAUAAGUUCGAGCGCCAUUAGGUUUCAGCGUUUUGUAAUACUGUUAUAUGUACUACCCUGUAUAAAUAAAGUCGCUUACUUACUUACUUACUCAGUGUUAUUAUUCUUCCUCCUCAGAAGUCCAUUACUACUACAAUAUCCCCAGAUGUAAAAUUGGCGGCGGAAUCCAACUCUAUAAAGAACCAAUCAUCCGAGGACCAUUAAUCUUCGCUGUUGACGAGCAAUGUAGUAAGACGUAUUACUUCAAUGAAGGCAAGGGAUGGAGACAGUAUAUCUCAGCAAGAGAUAUUACGUGUUUGAGCCAUGGAAAGACGAGAUGUUUUAAAGAUUCAUUGGAAGACUCUUACUCCACUUUUAGCUAUGUUUCAUCGUCAAUUUCGAAACGUGUAAGUGGGAAGUUUGUUUUUAGCUAUGUUGUAGCUUAGAGUUAGUUCAUCAAGACAGCAAUAGUAACAAUCUUUGACAGGAUUGUCAGAUGCUAGCACGUGGAUUGAUGAAGAAGUAAAGUUUCAGGUGGAAGAUGUACUUAGGUAUUAUUUCUCGGUAAAUGAUGAAGUUUUAAUUAUUCCUUCUAGGUAAACGCCACAGGCAUCCAGUACAAUUUCACAAAAUUGGUUGAGAAAUUAGAGCAUUUAACUACAGAUUUCAAUUUAACAAAGAUACCUGAAUUGCCAUCAUCACAAGGAAAAGGUACGAUGUACAAAUGAAACAUAUCUUCUAGUUUACCCACGUUCUUAAAACAUGGCUAUAGGAAACAAUAUUUCCUGGUUUGCCAUUGAAAAGAAACCAGAAUAUCAACUGUAUAUGACUAUCUUUCCUGCUCUUUUCAGAUGCCUCGUACUACUUAAACCUACACAGAUGUUACAAUGGUGGCCCACAUGAUCUGGGAGCAACGCCACCAAUAGGAGGUGCUAGUAUCUUUGCUAUCAAUGACGAUUGCACCAAAGUUUAUUACUUAUCAUCAAGUAGCUACCAAUGGAAAUCCUAUGUAUCUGCUGCUAGUAUCAAGUGUUUUAAUCGCCAGAUUUGAGAGGGAUGGAACAACAGUUGGUUGUAUGAAAAUAUAAGAACUGAUGUUGAACUUUCGUAUAAUCAACAAGAGCCAAAAUGUGACCUUUUGAAUUUGACAUAUCUCUAAUCUAUUGAAAUGAAUGAAGCUUUAACUUGAUAAGUUAUAAGAUUUAUAGCAUAAGCGGCCACUGUAGCAUGAAUGUUAAAUAUAGCUUAUGAUUUGUCUUGAUGAAGUCAUUCGUAUUCUUCAAUAAUCUUAAAGACACGAAUAAUAGUUAGUGAGAAAAAUUGAACUUGAAGUUUAUGUAAAUCGGCAGGAUUUUUUAUCAGAUAUACAAACUCCUUUACGCUCAUGAUUUCGUUUGUGUUUUCGUAUUAAUAAUUAAUGGUUACAAUUGUUGAUACAAGUAAAAAUCAUCAUUUAUAAAUAUCAAGUUUAAUCUUGUAAAUAUAUCCAUACAUUUUGUGAAAGUAUAUUUGAACGUUUGUGUAGAAGUGAAAAGUCAUUCGUUUUAUGUAUGUUAUUUUGUGAAUCUUGUAAAAUAAAAUUCUACAUAUAAAAUGAAAUUAAAAUCGCAUUUCGUACUUCCCUAAGCAAAGCUUAAUGGUGAUAUUCGCUAUGACUAAUUUUUCAGACUAUAUUCAAAAUAAAAACGUUCACAAAAAUGAGUGUCCAAUGUACAUAGGCACAAACAGUUGAAACAUUUGGAACAGAAAAUUACUUGAAGCAUACAGUCUAUACAUUGACAAACUGCAUUUAGCCUGUGUGAGAGCUUUGCUGUAAAGCUAAUGCACUUUCGAUCUGCAAGCCCGAAUUUUCAUCAGAGCAAGUUUAUAAUAUUCGCUUUCGACAUUUGGCAAGACUAGUUUUCAAUUUAUGCAUUACUUUGUCUUGAAUAAAAACCAAAAUUUUCACCCACCGUCAAGGAAUUGCCAUGUUAUUUACACGAUCUUCAGUUCUGCGACGUUUAAAGAGUCGAGUAAGGAUCAACGCGAAUAAUUCAAUCAGUUCAAAAACUGUGAUUACUGAAACACCGAUCCACAAGCCCAGCUGUCCACCUACGUCAGCUAACAAGUUUAUUUC